CUCAAGGGCUUUACUCACGUUCCGUACAAUGGUCAGCCUCUAAUUUAUGGGACGACACACGAUACCGGAUCGACCUGGGGUUCAAUGAAUUUCGGUCUCUUCUCAAACUGGUCCAGUAUGGCCUCAGCGAGCCAGAAUGGCAUGAUUGGGUCGACGGUUGCGCCCACAUUAUUCUAUUUCGAACCAAAAAAUAUAUGGCGAUCCUACCAUGUCUAUGACCAAAUUCUCCGCAGUACCGAGUUACCCGCGCAGUUCUCAACUGCUGCGGAUGUCCUCGAGGACUUGACACAUAACAUGUGCUACCUUUUCGGAAGGGCAACCAAGGCCGUAAGUGUUUGCCCUCCAGUAUACUACGCCGAUCUUGUUUGUACAAGAGCUCAAUGUUACUUGAGAGACACAUUUGAUCCUCCUCUGUCAGCAAGUCCCGAUGCGACCUCGGCAGGGACGAGUGCAUCUCGAGCUCUAGAUGCUAGUACAGUGAAAAUACAUCCCAAUAUCAGGAAUGCUAUGUUCUAUAUAUGA